AUGAAUCGAUUCGAUUUACCUGAUAAUUUACCUGUACCACUUGAUGAUGGUCAAUGUGCACAUUUAAAAGUUGGCAUGAAAUUUCCUGUUGAUGUAUUGAUUCGUUUACCUACAACUAGUCAACAUCCUGUCGAUAUUGUUAGUCAACCACGUACUAUAAUUUAUUUUUAUCCUCGAACUGGUAAACCAGAUCAAAAACUCCCCGAUGGUUGGAAUGAUAUUCCGGGUGCUCGAGGAUGUACACCAGAAUCAUGUGGAUUUCGUGAUCAUUAUCAAGAAUUACAAUCAUUAGGUGCCAAUGUUUAUGGAUGUAGUACACAAACAACUGAAUAUCAGCAAGAAGUUGUCGAACGAUUACAUUUACCAUUUGAUUUAUUAAGUGAUUCAAAAUUAGAAUUAUUAAAUCAUUUACAUUUGCCACAUUUUAUCCUAUCGGAGUUAAAUAAUAUUCCAUUAAUUAAGCGUUUAACAAUUAUAAUUAAACAUGAUACUAUUGAACAUGUUUUCUAUCCAAUAUUUCCUCCUGAUAAUCAUUCACAAGAAGUUAUCGAAUGGUUAAAACAAAAUCCAAUAAAAUAA